AUAGGAAGAUCAGGGUAAAGCCUCAUUGAGAAGGUAACUUUUGGGGCGCCAGGGUGGCUCAGUGGUUGAGCGUCUGCCCUUCUUAGCUCAGGUUGUGGUCUUGGUAGUUACAGAAUCAAAUCCUGCAUCAGGCUCCCUGCAGGGAGCCUGUUUCUCCCUCUGCCUGGGUCUCUGCCUCUCUGUGUGUCUCCCAUGAAUAAAUGAAAUCUUAAAAAGAGAACGUAACAUUUAAGCAAAGACUUGAAGGGAAGUUAGUCAAGAGAGUAUCAGCUGAAGAACCCUAAAGGAGAGGAUUCAAGAUUAGAAUGUGCUUACCAGAUUUGAGGGACAGCAGAGACCAGUGUGGCUGGAGAGUAGUGAGCAAGGGGGAGAAUAUUAGGUAAAAGGGUAGACAGGUAAUAGGUAGUUUGAAUUCAGAUUCUGUUGGGAUUUGGCUUUUAUUCUGGAGUAAGAAUGGGUGCCGUUGUACAAUUUUCAGAAGAGUAAUGUGACCUCACUUGUGAUUUAGAAGAAUCAGUUGGGCUACUGUGUUGAUAAAUGACUACAUGGAGGGCAGAAAGAGACUAAGAGGUGGUUGCAUUAAUCUAGGCAAGAGAUAAGGGUGGUUCAUACUAGGGUGGAAGCAAUGACAGUAGUGAGAAGUGGUUAAAUUCAGGGUACAUUUUGAAAGUAGAGUCCACAGGAUUUGCUGACAUUUUGGUGUGGAGAGUAUGAGAAAGAGGGAGCUCAAGAGUGACUACAAGGUUAUUUGUAUGAGCAAUUGGAAGGGAAUGGAGUUGCCCUCAAUGAGAUGAGGCUCAAGAUUGCAUGCAAAUAGAACUGCUUUGAGGGAUGGAGGCAGAUGACAAGAUCGGUUUUGGACAUGUUAAAUGUAGGAUGCCAGACGGGCAUUUGGAUUGCAGCUAUAAACUUGGAAGUCAUUAACAUGUAGAGGAUAGUAAACAUCCUCAUGAAAGUAGACAUAAAUGGUCUGGUAAUUGGGCAUCAACAAGACAGGAAGGUAGCUGAAUACUAACUUUACCUAUCUAACAACUUUGCCUGGUGCCGACACUACUGAUAAUAACCCAGUUCUUCUGACCCAAUUAGGGACCAAAAUCAACUCUUAGAGUUUUGGGGCUAACUAAUAUAUUUGUUAUGAAAUAGUAGGCAUUCAACAAGUGUUUCUUUUCCUUUCAUAUAUUUCAUCAUUUAAAGGACAAGGCAGCUUGGCGCACGUGGGUGUCACAGUUGGUUGAGUGUCUGACUCUUGGUUUCAACUCAGGUCAUGAUCUCAGGGUUGUGAAAUCGAGCCCCGAGACAGGAUCUGUGCAGAACAUGGAGUCUGCUUGAGAUUUCCUCUCCCUCUGCCCCUCCUGCUCAUGGUCUCUCUUUCUCAAAUAAAUACGGUUUUGAAAGAAAUAAAUGAUAAGGCAGCAUAAAUGUAAUGAAUCUGCAUUCAGCCUCUUCACUCUUCAGGAGUCUUGGUUUGGGGAAAAUAUAAACCAAUUACAUUCACUAGUUUUAUUAGAAAACGUUAACUAAGAGGGCUACUAAAGCAUAACACAAAAUAUAGGGUGAUAUUAGGCUGAAUAUGUUAGUUGAAAAGUCAAACAAUAAAAACAGAAAAAUAGCCGGUAUUCUCUUGGGCACUGGAAACAACAGCACCAGUGGUUCCUAUACUUUGGGGGCACAUUGGAAUAACCCGGGCGUGUCUUAAAAAUACUGAUAUCUGGUUCUACCUCCAGACUUUCUGAUUUUUUAAUCUCAUAUGUAGAGUCAAACAACAACAACAACAAAAACAACCUGAUGUCAUAGAUGCAGAGAACAGAUUGGUGGUUGCUAGAGGUGAGUGGUGGAUAGGUGAAAUGAGUAAAGGUGGUCAAAAGGUAACAAACUUCCAGCUAUAAAAUAAAUCAAGGGGAUAUAAAGUAUAGAAUGGUGACUAUAGUUAAUAUAUAUAUCAUAUCAUAUAUUUGAAAGUUGGUAAGAGAUUAGAACUUAAAAGUUUUCAGCAAAAGAAAUUAUGUAACUAUGUGUGGUGAUGGAUGUCAACUUUAAAAAAAAAAAGGAAAAGAAGAGGUCCUUAAGGCAGCAUAGAAUAAAUAGAUUAAUCUCUAAAUCAUGCAAAUAAGAAAUCACUGGCAUAAUUUGUUGAGCGUCAUGGCAGUGUUCACCUGAUCAUUUCUUUAUAGUGUAAGUGAACUCAAAUUGGAAAAAGCUGUGAUGUUAUGGCAGCUGUAUUAGCUUGGAGUGAGAAGACUUGGAUUCACACCAGUUCUUUUGCUCAUUAGCAAAUUUAAGAUGGCCAAUUCAUUUAACCUUGCUGAAACUCCGGUUUGCGUCUUCCUGGCAUGAGAAUAAUCGAAUCUGUCUUGCAUGGUUACUAUAAAUACUUUAAAAAGCUAAUAUAUGUGAAAGUAAAUAAUAAAGUAUUAUUUAAAGACUUUAAAGAAUUAUUAUUUGAAAGGAUUUUUCUUAACCUUAGAAAUGACAUGAUAUUGUAAAAUGUAAUAAUCUCAUAGAAGUGAAUAGAUUAUUAUAUUUUGUGUAUUUUUUCAGUGCUUUAAGAAAUGGAGCUCUGUAUACAGUAGGUAAUGAAUGCUAUUGAACUUACCAUGUUUAGUACGCGAAGUGUUUUUUUGUAUUUAUUUCCUAUACAGUGUGUUAAUAUGUGAAAAACAUGAACUUUGGACUCAGGCCUGGAUUUCAACAUGGAUCUUGUCACUUAUUAGCAAAUUUGUGUCAGUAGACAUGUUCUUAGUGUUAGAUUUCUUUUCUCUUUAUAUUAGGGAUAAUAAAAUUUAUCUUUCACAGCAGGGCUACUGUGUGAGGUUCCAGUGUAAAGUGCCAAGCAUAGUACCUGGCACAAAACUUAUGGGAAAUGUUAAUUCCUUUUUUCUCUCUGAAAGUACAAUAAUCUAGGAAGAGUAAUUUAAAAGUCUAAGUAAUGAUAAGUUCUCAAUGGCUAAAAAUUCUUAAAUGUUUUACUUGUUUGACUGGUUCUUUAUCACUUUAACUUUGAAGUAUCCACCUCCUCACCAUGAAUACUUUAAAAAGCAGUGUUUAUUUUGUUUUUUCAGAUAAUAAAAAAAAGCUUUAAGUUUACACCAUGGAUAGCACCAAGGAGAAGAAUGGCAAUUACAAAGAUGAUCUUCUGCUUAGGAUGGGACUUAAUGAUAAUAAAGCCGGAAUGGAAGGAUUAGAUAAAGACAAGAUUAACAAAAUUAUAAUGGAAGCCACGAAAGGGUCCAGAUUUUAUGGAAAUGAGCUCAAGAAAGAAAAGCAAGUCAACCAACGAAUUGAAAAUAUGAUGCAACAAAAAGCUCAAAUUACCAGCCAACAGCUAAGGAAAGCACAAUUACAGGUUGACAGAUAUGCAAUGGAAUUAGAACAGAGCCGGGAUCUGAACAAUACUAUAGUGCACAUUGACAUGGAUGCUUUCUAUGCGGCUGUAGAAAUGAGGGACAAUCCAGAAUUGAAGGAUAAACCCAUUGCUGUAGGAUCAAUGAGUAUGUUGUCUACCUCAAAUUACUACGCAAGAAGGUUUGGUGUUCGUGCAGCCAUGCCAGGAUUUAUUGCUAAAAGACUCUGCCCACAACUUAUUAUAGUGCCCCCAAACUUUGACAAAUAUCGAGCUGUGAGUACAGAGGUUAAGGAAAUACUUGCUGAUUAUGAUCCCAAUUUUCUGGCCAUGAGUCUUGAUGAAGCCUACUUGAAUAUAACAAAGCACUUACAGGAAAGACAAAAUUGGCCUGAGGACAAAAGGAAGUAUUUCAUCAAAACAGGGAACCCUCUAGAAAAUGGCAUUGCCCCAAAUACAAUGUUAGCAAAAGUAUGCAGUGAUAAGAAUAAACCAAAUGGACAAUACCAAGUUCUCCCCAACAGACAAGCUGUGAUGGACUUCAUCAAGGACUUACCCAUUAGAAAGGUUUCUGGAAUAGGAAAAGUUACAGAGAAAAUGUUAAAGGCACUUGGAAUUAUUACUUGUACAGAACUCUACCAACAGAGGGCAUUACUUUCUCUUCUUUUCUCUGAAACAUCUUGGCAUCAUUUUCUUCAUAUUUCCCUGGGUCUAGGUUCAACACACCUGGCAAGGGAUGGAGAAAGGAAAAGCAUGAGCGUUGAGAGGACAUUCAGUGAGAUAAGUAAAGCAGAAGAACAGUAUAACUUGUGCCAGGAACUUUGCAGUGAACUUGCUCAAGAUCUGCAGAAGGAAGGACUAAAGGGUAGAACUGUUACCAUUAAACUGAAGAAUGUAAAUUUUGAGGUAAAAACUCGUGCAUCUACAGUUUCAUCUGUUGUUUCUACUACAGAAGAAAUAUUUGCUAUUGCUAAAGAGUUGCUAAGAACAGAAAUUGAUGCUGAUUUUCCACAUCCCUUGAGAUUAAGACUUAUGGGUGUACGAUUAUCUAGUUUUCCCAAUGAAGAAGACAAGAGACACCAACAAAGGAGCAUCAUUGGCUUCUUACAGGCUGGAAACCAAUCUCAGUCAGCCCCUGGGUGUAUACUAGAGAAAACUGACAAAGAUCAGUUUCUAAAAUCUUUAGAAAUGUCUCAUAAGAAGAGUUUCUUUGAUAAAAAGCGAUCAGAAAGGAAAUGGAGCCACCAAGACACAUUUAAAUGUGAAGCUGUGGAUAAGCAAAGUUUACAGACAUCACAUUCAUUUCAAGUUUUAAAGAAGAAGAUGAACGAGAAUCUCGAAACAUCGAAGAAUUCAAAUAACUCUCAGAUAUUUACUUGUCCCAUUUGCUUUAGAGAGCAAAGAAGCAUCAGUCUAGAAGCCUUUAAUAAACAUGUAGAUGCAUGUCUUGAUGGACCCUCAAUCAGUGGAACCUCUAACGUGUUCUCACAUUCACAUGCUUCCUCUACAGAAGUUAACAAGAAAGAAAAUGUAUAUCCUUCUUUCUCACAGAGUGAGAAACAGGAUUAUGAAACCCAUCAGAGGAAUUCAGAAAUCAAUUUUAUAGAGCUACCAGAGACUGAAGAUAACCCAGCUAAAGCAGAAAGUGUAGAUGCUUUAAGUGAUAAGCACAGCAAAGAGGAAUGUGCUAGUCUUCCAAGUAAACCAUUUAAUAUUGAGAAAUGUUGUGAGAAUUCUUCCUCUACUGUUUCAUUGGAAGAUAUUGCGUCAUUAAGUCAGCAAGAAUCCUCCCAGCCUUAUUUACAAGCUCUAGUUUGUCCUGUUUGUAACCUAGAACAAAAGACUUCAGAUCUUACCCUGUUCAAUGUGCAUGUGGAUGUGUGCUUAAAUAAGGGCAUUAUCCAGGAACUGAGAAAGGAUAAAGUUAACCUAGCUAACCAACCCAGAGAAAACACCAAAAGUACUGAUAACUCAGGCAGAGUGCAGAAGACUGCAACAAAACCAAAAAGGCCGGGAUUGAUGACAAAGUACUCAGCAUCAAAGAAAACAAAACCAAACAAUUCCAGACACACUCUUGAUGUAUUUUUUAAAUGAACAUUGAACAUUUUCUCACUGAACGUUUUAUUGAUAGAAACUUGUUAUUUUAUAAUCAAUGAAUCUCUUCUUCUUCAUUAAGUUUAUGGAUUCAUGUAGUCAAAGGCAAGUGCAAUAAUUCCUCCCCAAAUGACAUUUCCUUUAUAUGAAUUUGGAAUAUGUACUAAUUAACUUCUGUAAACACCUUUGGGAUAACCGUGAGAAUUUCACUUCUAUUAUAUAUCAAUCAGAAAUCGGUCCUGUUAGAGAUGAUUUUAAAAUGAGAAAUUAGGAAUGGAAUCAGAAAGUGAUUUGUUUCUUUAUCAUGUUUUAUAGUGAAUAUAAAAACAUAUUUUUAAGAAUAUAUUUAUAAGAGCUCUCAGGUUCACACAAACCUAGUUUAGCAUAAGAAUUUUUCAGUACUGGGAUCCCUGGGUGGCGCAGCGGUUUGGCACCUGCCUUUGGCCCAGGAUCGAAUCCCACGUUGGGCUCCCGGUGCAUGGAGCCUGCUUCUCCCUCUGCCUGUGUCUCUGCCUCUCUCUCUCUCUCUCUCUCUCUCUCUCUUUCUCUCUCUCUCUCUCUCUCUCUCUGUGACUAUCAUAAAUAAAUAAAUAAAAAUUUUAAAAAAAAAUAAGAAUUUUUCAGUACUGAGCCACCUGGGUGGCUUAGUGGGGUAAGGUUAAGCAUCUGAUUCAUAAGGGGUUCUGAGAUCAAGCCCUGCAUGGAGCUUUGUGCUCAGUGGGAAGUCUGCUUGAGAAUUUUCUUUCUCUCCUUCUGCCCCUCCUCCUGCUCAUGCUUGCACUCUAUCUCUCUCUUUUUCUGUGUCAAAUAAAUUUUUAAAAAUCUUUUUUAAAAAAAAGAAUUUUUUAGCACUGAGCCACUUUAUUGGUACUGGACCAGUAUAUUUGUUUUAGUAACUUCUACGACUUUGUAUAUUCAUAUUUUAGCUCCUAGUAUCUUCAGAUAUCUCAUGAGCAUUCAUAAUUAAAAUUUAUCAUAAGUUCUAUGAAGAAUAUUAGCUUGGCAGAACAAGGAUGAAGGUCUUGUUACCUUCAGGAAAAUAGUAUCAGAGUAUUAUUUUCUGUGUUAAAAGAAUUGUUUAAAAUAGGAUUAUCCAUUUGAUUUUUUUUUUUACUUAGAAUUCCUUUAGUUUAUGAGUAAGCACAUGGUUCACUUUAAAAAAUAUUUAGUCUAAGAUUCAAAGCAAUUAAAUUUCUUUGUAGGUCUUUAAAAUGGUGAUAUUUCAUUUCUUGAGAAUAUCUCAUUUAUUUUACUUAUAUUUCUAUCAUAUUUUUAUUAAUAUUUAUGAAAGAAGACAGUAGCUUCAGUAGUUACUCCAAAUACUUUUGUGCUAUUAAUACAAUUUUUUUUCAAAAAACAAUUAUUUAAUGGAAACAUGAAGAUGGAAGCCAUUUUCUUUUACUCCUUUAAGGAACUGAAUUUUUCGUCUCAUAUUUUUGUUUUUUCUUUUCCUACUUUUCAUAUUUUAUAGCUCAUUAUCUAAAUUUAUGAAGACAUAGUAUUUUAGGAAUAGGUUAAAUUAGGAUCUUACACAGCCUUUGGCCAAAGUGGUAACUUGACUUGAAAUUCCUAGAUUGUUUAAAAUUAGGUUUAAUAUUUAUUUGCAUGCCCAGUCUUAGGCCUAAUAUUAUCAUAUGCUAUGGUGAAUUCAGAGUUGUAGAGCUGUGGGUCUUGUGUGAUUUGUGUAUCUAAAGUCUACAAAAUCAAGUUCAGUGAAGUACUGAUUUAAUGCAUUGAAAAGUUAACAGCAUCAUAUUUAGUUGUUCCUGUCUUGCCUCAGGUUUAUUUUUAUUGCGUUCUCAACUUUAGAGUAAAUGGGAAAUUAUUUUCAUUUAAAUGAUUCAUAUAAUUGAAUGUUAGUUAGUAAUGUUUAAUAAUAAUUUAAAAUAAAAGUGGAUGUGUUAAAUUGA